AUGAAUGACAAACAGGCUUUGCUGUUCGUUGGUCAGACUGUCGGUGGCAGUAGCGCCAUCAACGGCCAGUACUUUGAUCGCGGAUCUAGACAUGACUAUGACGCUUGGACUCAGAUUGGAGGUCCUGAGUUUGCAAACAGUACGGCCAAGUGGGAUUGGGAGAGCCUGUUUCCCUACUUCAAGAAUAGCGUGACCUUCACUCCACCAGAGCCAAGCGUGGUGGAACAGUAUGGGUUCACUUGGGACAUGUCCGCGUAUGGCGGCACGACUCCCAUCCAUUCGAGUUUCCCACCUUUUCUAUGGGGCGACAUUCACCUCGCGAGGGAUGCUUGGAGAGACAUGGGUAUCCGGGCCCUGGACGAGUGCGCAGUCACGGCCAGGCGCUCGCACGCUGGUCUGGGCCACUACUCCGACGUUUCGGGUAGACCAAACUACGACUUGCUGGUCAAGCAUCAGGUCAUAAGGGUUGUCUACACUGACGGCGUCUCACACGGGCCACCACGGGUAGAGAUACGAUCUCUUUCUAACGAUGAAGUGUUCAAUUUAACCGCCAAAGCCGAAGUCAUCAUUUCUGCCGGCGCAAUGCACACGCCUACCAUCCUACAAAGGAGCGGCAUUGGACCUGCGGCUCUCCUCGAUGACUUGAACAUCACCGCAGUACUGGAUCUUCCUGGUGUGGGCUCAAACUUGCAAGAUCACUCUUCUCCCGGCAUAUCGUGGAACUAUACGAAGCCUGGCAACUUCUCCAAUAUGCCUUCAGACAUGCUUGAUCCUGCUUAUGCCGCCAGAGCAGUGUCAGAGUUCAAUAUGACGCCAGCACGAGGCCCUUACACGUUGGCCAUGAGUAAUACUGCCCUGUACAUCUCACUUCCUAACGUGACCGAGGAGUACAUGGAAAUUAUUGAGGAAAUGCGCAAGACGGCUGAUAGCGACUCAGCGGCUGCUCAUUUGCCUGAGAACUCCGACCCAAGCCUUGUUGCUGGCUACAAACGUCAGCUUCACGUCCUUGCCGACUUUCUCGCAAACCCAGAAGCCCCCAGUGUAGAAGUGCCCUUUGCGACUGGGACGACUAUGCGUCCUAUUAUUCUCCAUCCACUAAGUCGCGGUACUGUUCACCUCAAUUCAACCGACCUGUUAGCUCAGCCCAUACUUGAUUACCGCGCUGGCUCCAGUCCCGUCGAUUUUUCCAUUCAUAUUGCGCAUAUCAAAUGGCUUCGUAAGGUAUUGGAUACUCCGACUAUGCGCAAAUAUGGUGCAGUUGAAGUCACUCCUGGCCCAGCUGUUCAGUCAGACGAAGACCUCAAGUCUUACAUCAAGGGUUCCAUGGUACUCUCGCAUCUGCACCCAUGCUGCACAGCUGCGAUGAUACCCAGGAAUCUGGGAGGCGUGUAUUCUGCCUUUCCUACCAAGUGCACACACUAG